GGUCACAAAUGAAAAAUGACGUUAAGGCAUUCAUGCAAUCUCAUGAUCCUCCAUGGUCCAGGGCUCGUCUAAUUUUAAGUUGACGUCAAAAUGUUUGCUACUUUAUUAUGUUCGGUAAACUGGUAGCAAAACAUCUGUCAUUCACGAUAAGGAUUCAUCAAGUCUCAGAGUAAUACUUCUAAGAAAAAUGGCGAACAAGGACAAAAACAAAAAGAUUCUAUUGGAAUUGGGGAAACUACCAGACAACAAUCUUUGCGCAGACUGUGGCGCGCCGGAUCCGGACUGGGCAUCCUAUAACAUUGGUGUGUUUGUUUGUCUGCACUGCUCUGGAGUACACCGCAACCUGCCCAGCAUCAGCCGUGUUAAAUCUAUAAGGCUUGACUUCUGGGAUGACAACCUAGUGGAGUUCAUGAAAUCCAAGGGAAAUGCUACUGCCAGAGAUGUUUAUGAGAAAGCUGUCCCAGUAUUUUACUACCGGCCCCAGCAAGGAGACUGUGCUGUCCUAAGGGAGCAAUGGAUAAGAGCUAAAUAUGAAAGGAGGGAAUUUACAAGCGAGAUAAAAUAUCCUCCAUUGGCCUAUACUACAGGUUUCUAUGAAGGAAUGCUUUGGAAAAAGGGGAAGGAGAAGGCACAGUUUCAGAAAAGGAAGUUUGUUCUGUCUGAGAAGGAAUUCACCCUGGCUUACUACAACAAGGAGGAUCCGUCCAAAGCGCCCAAAGCGGUUAUCUCCAUCAAAGCCUUAAAUGUGACCUUUCAACCUGAGAAGAUUGGUCAUGCCCACGGUCUGCAGAUUACCUUCCCAGAAGAUAGCCACUCCAGGAACCUUUAUGUCUACCAUGAGAGUGGAGAGGAGAUUGUCACCUGGUUCAAUGCCCUUCGAGCUGCUCGUUUUGCCUACCUGAAAACAGCAUACCCCACAGGAAGUGAUGCAGAGCUGAUACCUAGAAUUACCAGAAAUUACCUCAAAGAAGGAUACAUGGAGAAGACAGGUCCUAUGCAAAAAGAGCAAUUCAAAAAGAGAUGGUUCAUCUUGGACUAUCAAGACAGGAAGCUCCUUUACUUCAAAAGUCCACUGGACUCUGAGGAACUAGGAGUAGCGUUUAUUGGCACAGAGAACAAUGGUUACUCUGUGGGUGAAUGCAUUCCCAAAGGGACCAGAGGCAACAGGUGGAAGUGUGGACUGACAGUGAAGACACCGGACCGUGUGUUUGUGUUCAUGUGUGAGCAGGAGAGGGAGCAGAAAGAGUGGCUAGAGGCCUUCAGACUGGUCAUCUCUAAACCCAUGCAGCCCCAGGACUACACCACGGAAGCCAACAUCCGAAGACAGAGAUGACUUUUUUAUUGAUGAAGGGGGAAAUUAGGAGAAUGGGAGACAGAACGUCCAUCAACAUUAGCAGUGAUGGAAGAGCCAAAAAGGAGCAAACUCAGACUAAAUAAGCAAAUGGGCCUCUAUCUAAUCAUACCUCUGUUACCUCUCUGAUGCAAAGCCCACUCUGAAGACCAUUACAUGUGUGCAUUGUAAUUUAUAGAGAACUGUAUCAUUAUAUUAAAUGGAUCAACCUUAUUGAGAGCAUAACCAUAAUUAUAUGACCUCCUAGUACUAUAUCUGGAACUGUGGCUUGUGUACAUGCAAUGUAAAUGAAACCAAAGUAAAAGUUAUUUGUGUA